GCCCGGCCCCUUUCGCUAUUUCUACUGCCAUUGUUGAAUGGUCUCUUGGUUGGUUGCCGUCCUCAUUUUGCCAUCUCCAGUUCAUUAUCCCUUAGCAGCUGGUGGGGGGUCUCCAAAAAUAGACUUUUUUUUUGGGAGACAGAGUCUUACUCUGUCACCCAGGAUAGAGUGCAGUGGCACAAUCUUGGCUCACUGCAACCUCCGCCCCCCCCAGGUUCAAGCGACUCUCCUGCCUCAGCCUCCCAAGUAGCUGGGAUUACAGGCACGCGCAACCACACCAAGCUAAUUUUUGUAUUUUUAGUAGAGACGGGAUGUCACCAUGUUGGCCAGGCUGGUCUCAAACUCCUGACCUCAGGUGAUUUGCCCUCCUCUGCCUUCCAAAGUGCUGGGAUUACAGGUAUGAGCCACUAUGCCCAGCUGGUAUAUUUGUUAUAUACAUAUAAACUUGCAGAGAAAGGACUGUUUUGAAACUUAGAUUGAAUGAUCUGUAUUUACAUCUUCUAGGUACUGGAGCUGCAGAAUUGAGAGGAAUAGGUGCUAGACUUGUAAUGUGUCCCCUGCAAUUGGGGGCUGAAAUGCAGAGAAAGCUAUGACCAUAAGUGGGGCAUGGGGUGCGGCUCGGUAUACUAGCAUGUGAAAUGGACAAGAUGAUCUAUGUGGGUGCUUCCUGCUCCAAAACCAUGAUUGUCAUGGCAGUUAAGCUGCAAAACUUCUCUGCCUUGCAGAAAUAGAAGACGCUUUCAAAUGGCUCAACCUGGUUAUCAGAGUGUCACUUUCGAAUCUUCUUUCACCCUCUAGGUAAUCUUUUGGAUAUUCAACUGUAGUAGGCUCUGCAGAGGGCAUGGGCAGAGUACCUAGCCCACUGGAGUUAGUGGUUGGACUGGAGACCCUGCCUUGAAGGAUGCUAAAGCAUGAGCUGAUUUCGGAGGGAUUGUCUGAGCAGUGACCUGUCACCACCUAAUCCUACUCAGUCUUAUCGGUUCUAAUGGGAGGCGAGGGAGGCUAGGUGGGAGGAUGGCUACAAACAGCCAUUUGCUUAUCUGUGGAUGUUGGAAGGUGCUCCGGUGGAUUAUGGAAUUCAAGGUUCUUGGUUUUUACCCAUGAGGACACUGAGGCCCAGACUGGGGAAGUGACUUGGCGAUGGUCACAAAACACCUCUGGGCAGAUGCAGGGAAAUAAGUCCAGCCCCUGACUCCCAGGCCAUGGGCCAGGCUGCAGGAGCUGGAUGUCUUGAAGUGUCUUGUUUGCAUCUAUGACUUUGCACAAAUACAGUGAAUCUGGCUGUGGGCCCUCAAGCCUUAAUGGCCACAGCGUAGUGGUGCAGGGCAGUGAGCUAUGCUGAAACAGCCACCAGAGUGACGGGGACCUCGUCUGCCUAUGGGGGCAUUUUCUCAUGGCGGGAUAGGAGAACAAGGUGACUUGUUAAACCCUUCUGCAAGACCAUUUGCUCCUCCCAAACUCCAUUUCCUCAUCUGUAACCAGGAAGGGUAGCGGCUGGGAGGGCAGGCCCUGGGGUCAGUUGGCUGGGGCUGGAAACCCAUCUAGUUCUGAGAACUUGGCCAAGCUCCUCACUUUCUCCAUCUGUUGAAAAAAGAUAAUAAUGGUAUCUACCUUUGCAGGGCUGCUGUGAGGUUUCAAUGAGAUAACGGCAAGAGACUCGCCCAGGAAACCGAUCAUUAUAACCCCUGGCUCUGUCUCCCCAGGGCUUUCUACCGGUCAAGUACAGCCCUUCUGGGUUUGACACCUGGCCCCAUCACUUCCUAGUUCUGUGGCCCGGGACAAACCCCUGCACAUCCCUUGAGUCACAGUGUCACCAUUGCAGGAAGAUGUCCAAGCCCCGCGCGGUGGAGGCGGCGGCGGCGGCGGCGGCGGUGGCAGCGACGGCCCCGGGCCCGGAGAUGGUGGAGCGGAGGGGCCCGGGGAGGCCCCGCACCGACGGGGAGAACGUAUUUACCGGGCAGUCAAAGAUCUAUUCCUACAUGAGCCCGAACAAAUGCUCUGGAAUGCGUUUCCCCCUUCAGGAAGAGAACUCAGUUACACAUCACGAAGUCAAAUGCCAGGGGAAACCAUUAGCCGGAAUCUACAGGAAACGAGAAGAGAAAAGAAAUGCUGGGAACGCAGUACGGAGCGCCAUGAAGUCCGAGGAACAGAAGAUCAAAGACACCAGGAGAGGUCCCCUGGCACCUUUUCCAAACCAAAAAUCUGAAGCAGCAGAACCUCCAAAAACUCCACCCUCAUCUUGUGAUUCCACCAAUGCAGCCAUCGCCAAGCAAGCCCUGAAAAAGCCCAUCAAGGGCAAACAGGCCCCCCGAAAAAAAGCUCAAGGAAAAACGCAACAGAAUCGCAAACUUACGGAUUUCUACCCUGUCCGAAGGAGCUCCAGGAAGAGCAAAGCCGAGCUGCAGUCUGAAGAAAGGAAAAGAAUAGAUGAAUUGAUUGAAAGUGGGAAGGAAGAAGGAAUGAAGAUUGACCUCAUCGAUGGCAAAGGCAGGGGUGUGAUUGCCACCAAGCAGUUCUCCCGGGGUGACUUUGUGGUGGAAUACCACGGGGACCUCAUCGAGAUCACCGACGCCAAGAAACGGGAGGCUCUGUACGCACAGGACCCUUCCACGGGCUGCUACAUGUACUAUUUUCAGUAUCUGAGCAAAACCUACUGCGUGGAUGCAACUAGAGAGACAAAUCGCCUAGGAAGACUGAUCAAUCACAGCAAAUGUGGGAACUGCCAAACCAAACUGCACGACAUCGACGGCGUACCUCACCUCAUCCUUAUCGCCUCCCGAGACAUCGCGGCUGGGGAGGAGCUCCUGUAUGACUAUGGGGACCGCAGCAAGGCUUCCAUUGAAGCCCACCCAUGGCUGAAGCAUUAACCGGUGGGCCCCGCGCCCUCCCCGCCCCACCUUCCCUUCUUCAAAGGACAAAGUGCCCUCAAAGGGAAUUGAAUUUUUUUUUUACACACUUAAUCUUAGCAGAUUACUUCAGAUGUUUUUAAAAAGUAUAUUAAGAUGCCUUUUCACUGUAGUAUUUAAAUAUCUGUUACAGGUUUCCAAGGUGGACUUGAACAGAUGGCCUUAUAUUACCAAAACUUUUAUAUUCUAGUUGUUUUUGUACUUUUUUUGCAUACAAGCCGAACGUUUGUGCUUCCCGUGCAUGCAGUCAAAGACUCAGCACAGGUUUUAGAGGAAAGAGUCAAACAUGAACUAGGAAGCCAGGUGAGUCUCCUUUCUCCAGUGGAAGAGCCGGGACCUUCCCCCUGCACCCCAGACAUCCAGGGACGGGGUGUGAGGAAGACGCUGCCUCCCAAUGGCCUGGACGGGAUGUUUCCAAGCUCUUGUUGUCCUAAUGUCUCGACAGGCGCUCACUGAAGUGUAUGAAUAUUUUUUAAAAAGGUUUUGCAGUAAGCUAGUCUUCCCCUCUGCUUUCUUUAAAGCUUACUGAGCCCUGGGCUCCGAGCACGGGCCGGGCAUAGAUUUCCUCUUCCACAAGCUGCCGCUUUUCUGGGCACCUUGAAGCAUCAGGGCGCGAAAUCAAACUAGAUGUGGGCAGGGAGAGUGUUGCUUACCUGCCCUGCUGGGGCAGGGUUUCCUGAAACUGGGUUAAUUCUUUAUAGAAAUGUGAACACUGAAUUUAUUUUAAAAAAAAAUAAAAAUUAAAAAAAAUUAAAAAUAAAAAAAAACCACAGAAAACAACUUACAUGUAUAUAGGUCUUGAAGUGAGUGAAGUGGCUGCUUUUUUUUUUUUUUUUUUUUUUUUUGCUUUUUGUAGAAGAGAUUGAGAAUGGUACUCUAAUCAAAAAUAAAGUUUUGUAGUGGGACCAGAAAUUACUUACCUAACAUCCACCCCCCAUUCCCCCUCAUCCUGCUGGGGUUGAAAGUUCCAGACCUGCUGUCGAGGCCUUGUGUUUGUCAGACACCCAGUGUCCUGCAAGGACGCAACUGUGAGCUGAGGUGUGAGCCUAGGAGCCCAGGACCCCUGACCCCAGCCACGGCUGCCAGCCUCAGAAAGGCACCCAGGUGUGCAGGGGAGCACGCAGGGCCCGGCGGCCCCCAGGAAUCAAGGAUAAGGCUAAGGUUUUCACCUUAACUCUGAAGGCAGGAGGAAUAGGUGGCUGCUUCCUCCCGCCCUUCACAGAACUGAUUCUCACUCACUGUCCCUUCAGUCCAGGGGGCCGGGGCUCAGGAGCCAUGACCUGGUGUCUUCUGCCCACCCUGGUCCCAGGUAAAUGUGAAUGGAGACAGGUAUGAGAGCCUGUCCUCGUCUUUGAUUCCCCCCCAACCCCACCUCGGGCCUCACGACGGUGCUACCUAAGAAAGUCUUCCCUCCCACCCCCUCGCUAGCCUGGUCAGUGGUCAGCAAAUUGGAAGAGGAUCCGAUGAGAGUGUAAAUGUGAGACACAAUGUCUUGAUUAUACCUGUUUGUGGUUUAGCUUUGUAUUUAAACAAGGAAAUAAACUUGAAAAUUAUUUGUCAUCAUAAAAAUGAAACAAAUUAAAAUAUUUAUUGCCAGGCAA